UUAAGAUGAAGGGUAUCAUUGUAAUUUCACAUAAAUGAAUGUUUUCUUAUUAGCUGUGUAUAUAUAAAUAUGAAAGUUAACCAUAAAGUUUGUAUUGUUGUUUUUGUUUGUUUUUUUCACAUCUGUGAUAUGGAGAAUUACCAACUGAUGCCGUCUCUUCUGUCAUCAUCAGACAUGGGAAGUGCUCGGCUGUUUGCUCAUUUUCAUGGUGACAUUGUUAGUACUGAUCAUGAUGGUCAUGCGAUCAUGAAGGAAGAAGAAGAAGAAGGGCUUAAAUUUGAUCUACUAAUUGAUAAUAGUAACAACAAGAACAAGGUUGGUACUGAGAGUACUGGAACCUCUUAUGAUAAAAAUCUUUCUGAGAAGAAUCGCAAGAUGAUGAAAUCAUCACCAAAACAAGGUCUUCCCGAGGUGAAAAGGCACAAGUUUGCUUUUCAAACCAGGAGCCAAGUCGAUGUACUUGAUGAUGGCUAUCGUUGGAGAAAAUAUGGCCAGAAAACAGUCAAGAAUGGUAGAUUUCCAAGAAGCUAUUACAAGUGUACCUAUCAAGGCUGCAAUGUGAAGAAACAAAUCCAAAGGCUUUGCAAAGAUGAAGGUGUUGUGGUCACAACAUAUGAAGGGAUGCAUAAUCAUUCCUCUGACGAUCAUAAGUAUAAUGAAAACUUUGACCAUAUAUUGAGGAGGAUGCAAACUUCAUAUUCUAAUGCUUUGUAAUAAAAAGUUACAUAUAUAUUUCUGGGUGUUCCAAUGGAUAUGUAUAGAUAGUAACAUUUGGUUGUACUAGCUGUAUUAGGUACCACCAAUUAGCUGGAGAUUAUUUUCAGGUUGGACAAGUACAACUUUGUAUAUACUAGCCACUAGGAUUUACAAAGAUGGUGUCAAUUUUUUCACUACUUGGGCAUUUUUGCUCAUGGAUUAGGGGCAGAUAUGCAGAAGAUGCCAUGGAGAAAAAUGACCAAACUUUUGUGCUACUAUUAUUUCAAGUAUACAUAUUGUAACUUUUCCUUGCAUAUUAAUUGGAAUAAUGGGAAAGCUCACUUAUGUUUUGCAA